CAUUACAAGAUGUCCAUCCUACGAGAUAGUGAAGAUGAAGAGGAAGCUGGUGCCACCAUGAGAGCUAGGGCUCACGAAAAGUCCCAUUCUGACUUCAAAGUUGAUAUUCCAAUCUUUGAAGGAAAGAAUGAUCCAGAUGAAUUUCAUGAGUGGUUAGAAACAGUGGAACGAGUCUUUGAUUUCAAGGAAAUCUCCGAUGAGAAGAAGGUCAAGAUCGUGGCCUUAAAGUUCCGAAAGUAUGCCUCUACUUGGUGGACCAAUACCACCACCAAAAAGGUCCGAAGUGAGAAGCCCCCCGUCGAUUCUUGGCAAAAGAUGAGGAGUCUUUUGAAGAAGACGUUCCUGCCCACCGAAUACUCACGAGACAACUUUGCUAAGCUUCAAAUGCUUAGGCAAGGUACAAAAUCAGUGGAGGAUUACACUCGGGAGUUCGAAGAGCUCUUGCUAAGGUGUGACUUGCAAGAGAACGAGGAGCAAACCUUUUUGAGGCCAUUGACUAGUUUGGCCCAUUCUCAUACUCAUUUGGCUAACCAAAAGGAGGAUGGUCUGCUUAUCACCAUGAAAGGAAGUUAUGUCAAGGUGAUACCCAAAGCAAUGGUUGUGGUGCUUCCCAUCAAUCCGGUGUGUUUCCCAAGAUCAUAUUCAAUCCACUGCCCAAACCAAGGAAAGCCGUGGGUAUUUGAUCCCAUUGUUUCUCUUAAUGGAUAUGAAGACACAUGCUCAUCCCUUAUGAAGAAAAAGGAAUUGACAAACGUAUAUGUGCCAACUAUAAGCCCCAUGUGUCGUCCUAAAGAAGAGAAAGACACUCGUUUAACUCCCCAAAAGUUUUACGGGAAGAAGACUCAAAGUGGAGUCAUGAGCCAUAAUGCAGGAGCCUUGCCCCAAAGUUCAAAACAUGUCUCACACCUCCCAAAACAUCGCCAAGAUUUAGUUGCAUCCAAUGCUGAACUCAAAGCUCAAGUUGAGUAUUUGGCCAAACACGUGGCUGAAUUUACCAAGUUGAAAAUGAGCAUGGUCCAAACUCAAGAUGAAAGCGAUGAUGAGCAAGAAGAAGACACCCGAUUAGAAGUUCCUUCUCCCACCAUGAGAAGAAACAACCAAGAGAAGUCUUCCUCUGACUUCAAGGUUGAAAUGCCAACCUUCGAUGGAAAAGAUGACCCAGAUGAUUUCAUCGAAUGGUUAGAUAUGAUUGAACGCGUCUUUGACUAUACCGAAGUGCCGGAUGAAAAAAAGGUCAAGCUUGUGGCCUUAAAAUUCAGAGGCUACGCAUCCAUGUGGUGGACUAACACUACCACCAAGCGCGAAAGAGAAGGCAAGGCUGCUGUUAAAACAUGGACCAAGAUGAGGGCUUUAUUGAAGAAGAAGUUCAUUCCCACUCAUUAUAUGAGGGAAAACUUUGCUAGGCUUCAACAUCUAAGGCAAGGAAAUCAGUCUGUAGCAUAAUACAAUCGAGAGUUUGAAGAACUCUUGAUGCGGUGUGAUCUCCAAGAGAAUGACUCGCAAACUUUUGUGAGAUAUCUCUUUGGCAUAAACACCCAAUUCGCCAACACCAUGGAGCUGCAAACCUUUAAGAGCCUUGAAGAGUUAACCAAGUUAGCACAUAAAGUGGAAGCUCAACU